UGUUUUCCUCACCAUGCUGCAGUGUGCGUGUUCUCUGAUAAAACUCAAGUGUGUGUGUUUACAGUUAGAGCGCAGUGUGUGUGUGUGUGUUAGUGUGUGAGAGAGCAGAAUGAGCGGUGUGUGUAGAGAAGUGCUCACUCUACAGAUCGGACAUUACUCCAACUUUGUGGGGACACACUGGUGGAACCUACAGGAUGCGUCUCUCUGUUAUGAUCCUGACGUUCCACCAGAUGAGCUGCGGAGUGAUGUGCUGUUUAGAGAAGGUCUCACCCAGAAGGGGCACGUCACCUACACACCCCGCCUCAUCGCCCUCGACCUGAAAGGAAGUCUGCAGACUCUGAAACAGGAAGGCCUUCUGUACGCUACGGAGCAGGACAACAGCACCUUCACAUGGCAGGGGGAUCUAGAUACUCAUGUGGAGGCUCCUGCAGAGAGAAACCCAUUCCUGAGGGAACUUGACAGCCUGGAUACAGAGGAGUUGUUAGCAGAGCCAACCUUCAGCAAUCCAUCUGCUUCAAGCAAAAAUCACUCCUCCUGCUCAGGAGGGUCUGUUGCCAUGGAGACGGUGAACAGCAGGUUGGAGCGAACGCAGCGAGCCUAUAGGCUGGAGGGCAGUGUGAGGGUGUGGUCAGACUUCCUGAGGCUCCACCUCCAUCCUCGUACCAUAUCCAUCAUCAGUCAGUACAACCACGAUGGCGAGGCGGCGCGGUUGGAGGCGUUUGGCCAGGGGGAGGCGCUGUUACAGGGCUCUGUGCUAGAGGAGCUGGAGGACAAACUGCAUUUUUUCAUAGAGGAGUGUGACUACCUGCAGGGGUUCCAGGUCCUGUGCGAUAUAUCUGAUGGGUUCUCAGGUUUGGGGUCAAAGGUCACAGAGCUGCUGCAGGACUCCUACAGUGGGCGGGGCAUCCUGACAUGGGGCGUGGCUCCUGUCAGUCAUCCUGAGUCAAGUCCGAUUAAGGAGGUGUAUCACAUGAUGAACUGCGCCCUGGGAAUGAUGCACAUGGCCAAUCACAGUUCGAUGUUCUGCCCUUUGACCCUGAGGGGCGGGUUGGGGAGAAAGCCGGCUCCGCCCACCACUUUCCCUCUCCUGAGUUAUGACCCGUCUCUGUGGUAUCACAGCGGCUCUGUGUUAGCUCUAGCUCUGGACACUCUGACUGUCCCCUACAGACUGAGACAGAACAGCGCCCCCAUGUGGCAGCUGGCGGACGCUCUCACCGUGUCGGGCAGAAAGGUUGUGUGCGCGUACGGGUCCGUUCCGUUUCCCAUGAUGCACGGCAGUCGCCUUCCAGACGCUCUGAACUCCUGUGGUGACACGUUACCAUGGAGACCUCUAUCGGGCUGCCCCGAGCAGGGCACGGGGAGAUGUUUCGGCCAGUCGGUGACGCUUCGGGGGCUGGAGGGGCGGAGCCUAGUCAGUUCUCUGGCGCCUGGAACAGAACCUCACUCCAUCCUACACUGUGCUCAGUCAGGAGAAGAAGUGCUGAACAUGUACCUCAGAACACACUACCCAUCCACACCACUCGCAGUACAGCUGCUGUCCUCUCCCAGUAAACUGACCCCGCCCUUCCCUCAGAUUUUCAGUCCGAAACUCGACUCUCAGGGUUUAAUACAGAACCAAAGGUCCACUACGGGAGCUCCCGUGCCGGUGAUGUCUCUUCCCGUGCUGUCGAGUUUACAGUCCAGUACAUCGAUGUCUCCUUACUUGGCCGAGCUGCAGAAGUCCUGCGGCGCUCUCGAUUUACGCCGCGUUGCUCCCAGUUUCCUGUCUCACGUGGAUCAAGCCGACAUCACCGAGAGCCUCGAGCAGCUCCGGACGCUCGCGCACCGUUACCGUGACGACAGCGGGGGUACGCUGCGCUCUUCAUCUGACGAUGAGGAUGACGAUUAGCUCUGUAUGAACGAUUUCGUAGAAGAAGGUUAAAGUUCGUUCACAUCGAGGCACUGAAUCAUGACUCGAGUGAGAAAUGGAGAAGGAAGAGGGUGAGCUGGAGGAACCGCGGUGUAGAUGAGAAGAGAGAAAGAUUUACGGUGAAGGUUCUCUUUAAUUUGUUCAAAGAGAAAACUGUAGUGUAUAAAAGUCUUCGAUGUUUGGUCAGGAGUGAGAUACCAGCUGACGGCGGAGAACCUCACUGUCGUGGUCCAUGAGUGUGUAACCAAGCUCGCUUUGAUCUAAAGAAAAGCCCAGUGCUUUAAACAUCAACUGAAACUAAAUCUAUCAUGCAAAAAAGACUUUGUGUACAUAGCCUUGUAUUAACAUGAAACGGUUAUGAAUGUCAUAAUACAUUUCCUAAUAAA